CUCCCUUCUCAUCCUAUUCCUCCUGCAUCCGUUCUUACUCUGGGAGUUCUGUUCGGGCAGUCUUGUUUCAUCCAUCCCUGACUCUUUCUUCAUUACCUAUUUCUUAAUUCUUUCUUCCUCCCUUCACUCAAGAUGCAGCGAGCUCUUUCUUCUAGGACUUCUGUCCUCUCUGCCUCCAAGCGCGCUCUCUACAAGCCCACUGGCCUUAACCUCCAGCAGCAGCGAUUUGCUCACAAGGAACUGAAAUUCGGUGUUGAGGCUCGCGCUCAGCUCCUGAAGGGUGUUGACACUCUUGCCAAGGCUGUUACUUCUACCCUUGGUCCUAAGGGCCGCAAUGUCCUGAUCGAGUCUCCCUACGGCUCCCCCAAGAUCACCAAGGAUGGUGUGACUGUUGCCAAGGCUAUCCAGCUCCAGGAUAAAUUCGAAAACCUCGGUGCUCGUCUCCUCCAGGACGUCGCUUCCAAGACCAACGAACUCGCUGGUGAUGGUACCACCACCGCUACCGUCCUCGCCCGCGCUAUCUUCUCCGAGACUGUCAAGAACGUUGCUGCUGGAUGCAACCCCAUGGACCUGCGCCGUGGUAUCCAGGCUGCCGUUGAUGCCGUCGUUGACUACCUCCAGCAGAACAAGCGUGACAUCACCACCGGUGAGGAGAUUGCCCAGGUCGCUACCAUCUCUGCCAACGGUGAUACCCACGUUGGUAAGCUCAUCUCCACCGCCAUGGAGCGCGUUGGCAAGGAGGGCGUUAUCACCGUGAAGGAGGGCAAGACCCUGGAGGACGAGCUUGAGAUUACCGAGGGUAUGCGUUUCGACCGUGGCUACACCUCUCCUUACUUCAUCACCGACCCCAAGUCCCAGAAGGUCGAGUUCGAGAAGCCUCUCAUCCUCCUCUCCGAGAAAAAGAUCUCUGCUGUCCAGGAUAUUAUCCCUGCCCUUGAGGCCUCUACCACUCUCCGCCGCCCUCUGGUCAUCAUUGCUGAGGACAUCGAGGGUGAGGCUCUCGCCGUCUGCAUCCUGAACAAGCUCCGUGGCCAGCUCCAGGUUGCCGCUGUUAAGGCUCCUGGCUUUGGUGACAACCGCAAGAGCAUCCUAGGUGACCUUGCUGUCCUCACCAACGGUACCGUCUUCACUGAUGAGCUUGACAUCAAGCUUGAGAAGCUCACCCCCGACAUGCUCGGCUCUACUGGUGCUAUUACCAUCACCAAGGAGGACACCAUCAUCCUGAACGGCGAGGGUAGCAAGGACUCCAUUGCUCAGCGCUGCGAGCAGAUCCGUGGUGUUAUGGCUGACCCCACUACCUCUGAGUACGAGAAGGAGAAGCUCCAGGAGCGUCUUGCUAAGCUUUCUGGCGGUGUUGCUGUUAUCAAGGUCGGUGGUGCUUCCGAGGUUGAGGUCGGUGAGAAGAAGGACCGCGUUGUCGAUGCCCUCAAUGCCACCCGUGCUGCCGUUGAGGAGGGUAUUCUCCCUGGUGGUGGUACCGCUCUCCUCAAGGCCUCCGCCAACGGCCUGGAGAACGUCAAGCCCGCCAACUUCGACCAGCAGCUCGGUGUCAGCAUUGUUAAGAGCGCUAUCACCCGCCCUGCUCGCACUAUCGUUGAGAACGCUGGCCUUGAGGGUAGCGUCAUCGUUGGCAAGCUCACCGAUGAUUUCUCCAAGGACUUCAACCGUGGCUUCGACUCCUCCAAGGGCGAGUAUGUUGACAUGAUCGCCGCUGGUAUUGUCGAUCCUCUCAAGGUCGUCCGCACCGCUCUGGUUGAUGCCUCCGGCGUCUCCUCCCUCCUCGGUACCACCGAGGUUGCCAUUGUUGACGCUCCCGAGGAGAAGGGCCCCGCUGCCCCUGCUGGUGGCAUGGGCGGCAUGGGUGGUAUGGGCGGCAUGGGUGGCGGCAUGUUCUAAACUGCGCUACGUGUCUGAUGUACCCCUAACCGUCCCUUUUUUUCUAAAGGUUUCCCUUCGAGCGUGUCUUUGCAUACUGUGGGCAUAUUUUGAUCCUCAUUUUUCAACCCUUUUCCAUUUCUGUAUUAUUUCCUUACGUCUUUAAUGUGUUACAUGUCUUUUUAUAACUCAUCCUCCCCGACUUCAGAAUCCUCCUAUACCUUUUGCGCACUCCGUUGGUUUGGGUUUGCUUCAUAUAUCAUCUCCACUCUACCCUUUUGGGCAUAAAAAUCGGGGGAAGUUCUGUGUAUUAUAUCGUGUAUCAUCUAGCUCCGGGGAAUUUUUUGCCGUAGUUCAAAUUUAUUUAGAUUAUCUUUUCACCCUUAGUCCCA